AUUUGUUGUGUGCAGGCUUCCAAGCCUGCAUUAGCAGUAGACUAAAUGCAUUAGUCUAAUUUAAGAGACUUAGGUGCAGGUGGGACGUCUAGUCUCGUAGAUACACACAGCUUUUAAAAGAGAAUUGCUUUGCCAAGUAAAACUAUUUCCGUUUGGAGGCUGUUCUAACGACAGAGAGGCCCUAUGAGAAAAAGGGAAAGCUAAGGAUGCUGGAGCAGAACAAUGGAUUUCUCCUUCUCUUUCAUGCAAGGGAUCAUGGGAAACACAAUUCAGCAACCACCUCAACUCAUUGAUUCGGCGAACAACCGCCAAGAGGAUGCUUUCGAUGCCCACAGUGACAUCACGGAAGAUGGCCGACAGACUCCCUAUGAAGCUGCCCUUGCCUUGCAGCAAGGUUUUCAGUACCCCACGCCAACCGCCGAAGACCUUCCGCCCCUCAUUAAUGGAUUCCCCCAAAUCGGCAUGUACGAGCCCCAGGCCAAAUUCCAGUCCUUCAGCCAGUAUCCGAAUGGCUCAGCCAACGGCUUUGGCACCGUUAGAAACUUUAGCCCACCGGAGUAUUACCACAUGGAGAACUCUAACCUAAGGCCACAUGACCUCCUGGAAAAACCCUCCCCGCCUCAGCCUCCCCCUCCCUCCGUCUCCCAAACGGUGAUUCCAAAGAAGACGGGCUCACCCGAGAUUAAACUGAAAAUAACCAAAACUAUCCAGAACGGCAGGGAAUUGUUUGAGUCCUCGCUGUGUGGGGAUCUUCUAAACGAAGUGCAAGCGAGCGAGUUUGCCAAGUCCAAACAUGAAGGGAGGAAGGAGAAACGGAAAAAAAGUAGCAAGCAUGAUGCUGCCCAUUCGGAAGAGCGCAAGUCACGUAAAAUUCCCAAACUCGAGCCGGAGGAGCAAAAUAGACCAAACGAAAGGCUUAGCACCCAGUCUGAAAAACCAAGGGAAGAAAUGGCAACGUUGGAUGAAACCCCGGCACAGCAGGUUGCUUCUUCACUUUCCGUGCAAGAGACGAGCGAUUGCAAGUUUGAGGUGGGAGAUCUUGUCUGGUCCAAAGUGGGGACGUAUCCUUGGUGGCCCUGUAUGGUUUCAAGAGAUCCUCAACUGGAAGUUCAUACUAAAAUUAACACGAGAGGUGCACGAGAAUAUCAUGUUCAAUUCUUUAGCAACCAGCCUGAAAGGGCUUGGGUACAUGAAAAGCGGGUACGAGAAUAUAAAGGACGUAAACAGUAUGAUCAGCUGGUGGCAGAGGCUGCUAAGCAGGCCAACCAUUCUGAGAAACAAAAGAUUCGCAAACCGAGGCCGCAGAGAGAACGGGCACAGUGGGAUAUUGGCAUUGCCCACGCCGAGAAAGCGCUAAAAAUGAGUCUGGAAGAGCGGAUAGAGCAGUACACCUUCAUCUACGUAGACAAAGAGCCAGAAGAGGUGUCCUCGAAAGCCAAACGGAUUGUCAUGCCUAAGAUUGAGGCUAAAAAGAUCCGCAAAAUCAAAUCACCGCCAAAUUCUCCGCCAGAACAGACCAAUGAUGUUUUGCCCGCACCGUCUCCGCCCAAAACGGAGGUCCGGAGGUAUAGCCAGAGGAGACAGUGCAGUGCAGAUGAAGAAUCUCCUCCUGUGAAAAUUCAGUGGAAAACUGCUGCGGCCAGAAAAUCUCUCCCAGCGUCAAUAACCAUGCACAAAGGAACGCUGGACCUUCAAAAAUGUAACAUGUCUCCAGUUGUUAAAAUUGAACAAGUUUUUGCUCUUCAGAAUGCAGCUGGGAAUGGAAAGUUCAUUGAUCAGUUUGUUUACUCCGCCAAGGGCAUAGGAAACAAACCAGAGAUAAUCAUCAAAGGGCAUGACAAAGUCACUUCCGUCUCCAUCCCGCGAACCGAGAGAGCCUCGUCACAAAGUGCACCCUCUCCAGAAACGUCUUCUGGGUUGGCAAGUUCUGUAGAAAAGAAGCAACAGCGGAGAUCAAUACGAACUCGCUCAGAGUCUGAGAAAUCCACUGAGGUUGUGCCAAAGAAGAAGAUCAAAAAGGAGCAGGUAGAAACAGCCCCACAGGCAGCAGUGAAGACUGGCUUACAAAAAGGUGCCAGUGAGAUUUCCGAUUCUUGUAAACCUCUAAAGAAAAGAAGUCGUGCCUCCACAGAUGUAGAAUUGGCUAACUCUGCUUACAGAGAUACCUCCGAUUCUGAUUCAAGAGGACUUAAUGAUUUACAGGGUAGUUUUGGAAAGCAGUCUGAUAGCCCAUUGGCUGCAGCAGAUGCUGAUGCUUCUGAUGUCCAGUCGGUGGAUUCGAGUUUGUCGAGAAGAGGUUCGGGGACAAACAAGAGAGACACCGUUUGUCAGAUUUGUGAAAGCACCGGUGAAUCUCUAGUCUCCUGCGAAGGUGAAUGCUACAGGGUCUUCCAUACAGAAUGCCUCGGAUUGAGCUCACAGCCUGAUGGGAAAUUUAUCUGCCUGGAGUGCAAAAAUGGGCAGCAUAUAUGCUUUUCCUGCAAACUUCCCGGCAAAGACGUGAAGCGCUGCUCGGUCAACGCAUGUGGCAAAUUCUACCACGAGGCCUGUGUCCGCAAGUUUACGACAGCCGUUUUUGAAUCCCGAGGAUUCCGUUGCCCUCAGCAUUGUUGCACCGCCUGCUCUAUGGACAAGGAUAUUCAUAAAGCAAGCAAAGGUCGUAUGGUGAGAUGUUUGAGAUGCCCCAUUGCCUAUCACUCAGGAGAUGGCUGUAUUGCUGCAGGAAGCUUGUUUGUGUCAUCCCACAUCCUCAUCUGUAGUAACCAUUCCAAAAGAAGCAAUCACUCCUCAUCAGCUGUAAAUGUAGGCUUUUGUUUCGUUUGUGCAAGAGGGCUGAUAGUGCAGGAUCAUUCAGACCCCCUGUUCAGUUCAUAUGCCAAUAAAUCUCACUAUCUACUGAAUGAAUCAAAUCGUGCUGAGUUGAUGAAAUUACCUAUGAUUCCUCCUUCUUCGUCAGCUUCCAAAAAGAAAUGUGAGAAAGGUGGGAAGCUGUUGUGCUGUGAAUCUUGUCCUGCAUCCUUCCACCCGGAAUGUCUUAACAUAGAGAUGCCAGGCGGCUCCUGGAACUGCAACGAUUGCAAAUCUGGCAAGAAAUUGCGAUACAAGCAGAUCGUUUGGGUCAAGCUUGGAAAUUACAGGUGGUGGCCAGCUGAGAUAUGCAAUCCGAGAUCUGUUCCUUUCAACAUCCAGGGCCUCAAGCAUGAUGUUGGGGACUUCCCGGUAUUUUUCUUCGGCUCACAUGAUUACUACUGGGUGCAUCAGGGGAGAGUCUUCCCCUACGUUGAAGGAGAUAAAAGCUUUGCUGAAGGGCAAACUAAUAUUAACAAGACUUUCAAAAAAGCACUUGAAGAAGCAGCAAAACGCUUCCAGGAAUUAAAAGCACAAAGAGAAAGCAAAGAAGCACUUGAGAUUGAGAGGAAUUCCAGAAAACCGCCUCCGUAUAAACACAUUAAAUCCAACAAAGUGGUAGGAAAAGUCCAGAUCCAAGUUGCGGACCUGUCCGAGAUCCCACGGUGUAACUGUAAGCCAGCGGAUGAGAACCCUUGCGGCCUGGAGUCAGAGUGCUUAAAUCGAAUGCUGCAGUACGAGUGUCACCCUCAAGUUUGCCCUGCGGGAGAACGCUGCCAAAACCAGUGCUUUACCAAAAGGCUCUAUCCAGAAGCAGAAAUUAUCAAAACUGAUCGACGCGGCUGGGGUCUGCGGACCAAACGGAACAUUAAAAAGGGUGAAUUUGUCAAUGAAUAUGUUGGUGAAUUAAUUGACGAGGAAGAGUGCAGAUUGCGAAUUAAGCGUGCCCAUGAGAACAGCGUGACCAAUUUUUAUAUGUUAACUGUUACAAAGGACCGCAUAAUAGAUGCUGGACCAAAGGGAAACUACUCUCGCUUCAUGAACCACAGCUGCAACCCCAACUGUGAAACCCAGAAGUGGACAGUCAAUGGAGAUGUCCGGGUGGGACUCUUUGCUUUAUGCGAUAUUCCUGCAGGGAUGGAGUUAACAUUUAACUAUAAUUUGGAUUGUCUGGGCAACGGCAGAACUGAGUGCCACUGUGGAGCAGAAAACUGCAGUGGAUUCCUAGGAGUGCGGCCAAAGACGGCCUGCGCAACUGCGAAUGAAGAGAAGGCGAAGAACGCAAAACUGAAGCAGAAGAAACGGAAGAUAAAAACGGAGCAGAAGCAGAUGCACGAAGACAAUUGCUUUCAGUGUGGAGAUGGAGGUGAACUCGUCAUGUGUGACAAAAAAGACUGUCCCAAAGCAUACCACCUCCUCUGCCUUAACCUGACACAGCCGCCCUUUGGGAAGUGGGAAUGCCCGUGGCACCAGUGUGUCAUCUGCGGCAACCCAGCAGCUUCGUUUUGCGAGUUCUGCCCUCACUCUUACUGCAAAGAUCACGAAAGGGGAGCCCUGGUCUCCUCGGCCUUGGAUGGACGCCUCUGCUGCUCUGAACACAACCCCAAGGCUCCCGUGGCCCCCGAGUACUGGGGCAAGAUCAAGCGCCGGCUGGAGCAGCAAAAUCCGGACGAAACCUCGAAGGAGUGAAGGGGGCCCUUUUUUAGGAAAACGCAACAACACCCCACACCCCCCAACAUUUGUUCCCGUUCGGGGUGGCAAAUCCUUGUGAAUCUAGACACAGUGCCAGGCGAAGCCUCCUCCCAGUCUUUUUAGAGCUGCCUCUAUGGGACUCAAUUAGGAUCGCUGGAUCUGGGAAGGGCAGUUAGGAGCCUGCGCGUCCGAUUAGAUCCGUUUUGCCCGUGGAUGUGUCUUUCGGGCUCUCGAAGAUCAGAAAGAAGCAUCUUCGGUUACCGUUUUUGUUAGAAGAAGGAGGGAGACCUUUUCCGAUGUCAGGGGAAAGGGUUUGGAGAAAAGAAAAGAAAAAAAAAAAAAGAGGACCUUGAAUUUAAAAGUAUGCUCUCUGCGUGUAGAAAAACAAGAAGAAAAGAAACAUAGCAAAAAUAUUUAUUUAUUUAAUUUUUAAUGGACUUUUUUGAGGAUUUCUGGUUCUAAUACAAUCAGUGUGUCUGAAAAAAGAGUAGCAGCACCAGCCUGGUAUCUAUUUCUCUAUUGUGUCUUUUUUAUGAUUAUUACUUUUUUUUCUUCUUCGUCCUUCCUUCCUUCCCCCUGUCUGGUUUUACAAUUACGGGGUUAAAAACAUCCGAUAAAUCUUACCGGGCAGUUCCGAAGCAAGAUGCUUCCGAGUAACUUCAGGAUGGCAAGAGGUGUGAAGUCGUUUUGUUUUGUUUUGUUUUGGAGAUGGUGCAAGCCUUCUUUCCCUUUUGAGUGAGUCAAACGAUAAUCACGGUACCUUCUCUCCCACACCCCCCCCAAAAAUAAAAAAUAAAAAAAAAAUAAAAAUUAGGACUCUGUGAUUUUGGAAGGGCAUUCUUGACGUUGAUGUUACUGGUCACUUUGAAAGCGUCUCCUCCAGCAGCUUCUUAACCUGAGCGGUGUUUGCGGUUCCGUUUUCUUUCUUAAAGGACUUGGAUGCAGAAGAGUUCUGGUAGGUUGCACCUAUCAAAAUAUGGGUAGGGAAGAAGAAGAAAAAAACCUGUCAGGUAGCUGGGGAAUAUUUCUCUUUUGGGGCCCCCCGAGUCCAGUUUCAUUACGCAUAGAUCACUUUUUCUGUCACUGUUGAAUCCGAAGGAGACUCGGGCGGGAAAGCCUCUGUAUGCGUGCUUUUCUUGACUUGUUUCUUGAUCGCUACGUUACGGGAAACGAGUUGGAUGUGCAGGCUCUUCUUUUUGUAAGGCCUUGAGUGAGUCCUCCUUUGAUGAAUCUUGUCCCUUGCAGGACCUCUACUCUUGCAUGGUUUCCCCAGUGGUAGAUGCUGAUAAAGAUUUAACUUUUUGAAUCUGAAAGGCGGAAUUUGACUGCCAAGCCGGCAUGUUUUAUAUGGCCAGUUUUUGUUUCUUCUCUUAUCCGAUUUUGACGUAGGUUAUUCAAAGGAAUCGCGUCACUGGAUAGGAACAGUCUUAUCUUACAAAAGCCAUGUGUGUGUUUCAUAAAAGACUAGUUUAUUAAUCUUUCUAAAAGAAGCCGGCACUGAAAUCUACAUCACUUUGUUCCCAUUGGGUAUUCCAAGUGUCUCAUGAAAUACUUGUUUUUAUUUAGUUGUGCUUAGUUCAAUAAUGACUGUACAUUGAUUUAUAUGACUGUAAUGGAUUUGGCAAUUCCAGGAAAUAGACAGUAUUUUAUGAUGCCGGUGACUCUUUUCUUAGUUUUUUUCUAAUUCAUUUUUUUUAAUUCUUUUUUUUUUUAAAGUCUAUAAAGGAAAAGGAAAUACAACUUCUGUUUUCCUAAUCCGCCUAGGUGUAAGAAUAAGGCUGCACACUACAUUCCUCUAAAGCGGGGGUCUCCAACCUUGGCAAUUUUAAGACUUGUGGACUUCAACUCCCAGAAUUCCUCAGCCAGCAAAGCUCGAGUUGAAGUCCACAAGUCUUAAAAGUUGCCAAAGUUGGAGAUCUCUGCUCUAAAGCACCUGAGAUGUCUUUCGGUUUUCAUUCAGUUGGCAAAUUCCUUUGCCGAUCACUGACUUUGUUUUCUUGUAUUGUAUAAGCUUCGGAAUCAUGUGGACUAAUGAAAUACGAAGCCCUAAAAGAAGUUGAUACGUAUUUGAUAACAC